AUCCGUUCUGCUGACACGUUCCGCUGAUUCGAAAGGUACUUCCAUAUGGUCCUUCGAACCGGAUGCCCGUCGAACUCCGAGCGUCCGGAACUUUACAAUAACGGAAGACAAUCCCUUUCAUCACGACGUUGCCCUAUUUGGAGUCCUGUUCCUGUAAUUAAAGAAAUACAAGGCAAUCGAAUUGCCUCUAGGAGGUAAUUAUAAUUCCUUUAAUCUGUAAAGUGUGUCGUUUGUGCUCCGCUGGUUAUUUGUUUUCCAGACCAACCAGCCUGUGAUAUGGCCACCGAGCGACGUAUAAAGUCUCUAAAACUGCGCAUCCGCAGCUUAGAGACUUCCUUCAAUCUCAUCAGAGUUUUUGUCAACAACUAUGAUGACGAAACUCACGCCGUCGAAGUCCCAGUACGUCUAGAAAAUCUCAUCGCGCUCUGGACGGACUACUCUAAAACCCAGGCCGAACUCGAGGCCUCCGAUGUCGACGAUUUAGAAAGUAUCGAGCAGCAGUUUAAACAACGCUCACAAUUUGAAACUGAGUACUAUCGUGUGAAGGGAUUUUUGUUGGCAGUUAAUAAAAAUGCUUCGACACCGUGCCCUCAGCCUGCUCCAUCAAAUUCGCAUUUCCCUGCUUCCUCUCAUAUUCGGCUGCCAGACGUGAAGCUUCCUGUAUUCAACGGCUCCCUAGACCAGUGGCUAAACUUUCACGACCUGUUUCUCUCUCUGGUGCACUCUUCUGGGGACUUGUCGAACAUACAAAAAUUCUACUAUUUACGAUCUUCGUUGAGUGGAGAUGCUCUCAAACUCAUACAAACUAUUGCGAUCAGUGCAAAUAACUACCCCGUAGCCUGGAACCUUCUCGUUGAGCAUUUCCAAAAUCCAUCACGCCUGAAACAAACCUACGUCGACUCUUUAUUUGAAUUUUGUCAACUCAAAAAGGAAUCAGCUUCUGAACUUCACUCUCUGGUCGAAAGGUUUGAAGCAAACGUCCGGAUUCUUAAGCAGCUGGGAGAGAAAACCGAAUAUUGGGACGUCUUGCUUAUCCGAAUGCUGAGCAUUCGCCUUGACCCAACUACCCGUAGAGAUUGGGAGGAGUUUUCAUCGUCAAAGGAAGGCGCAACAUUCCAGGAUCUUGUAAGUUUCCUUCAACGACGAGUCACGGUUCUACAAAGUGUAUGCAACAAUAUACCGGAAGUUUCGUCAGUCAGAAAACCAGUACCACGUCCUACACUCGUCAGCCAUGGAGCUACUCAGUCCAACUUUCGCCAAUGUUUCGCCUGUUCCGACCACCAUCCGAUGUACCAAUGUCCGGUUUUUUCCAAAAUGACCUUUGAGGACAAGGAGAAAUUAGUUCGUCGCCAACAACUUUGCCGGAAUUGUCUGCGGAAGGGUCAUAUAGUUCGGAAUUGCUCAUCGAAGAACACCUGCCGGAAAUGCCGAGGGAGACACCACAGUCAGCUUUGCAGUGAAGCACCAGCUGCUGCUGAGCGCAUCAAGCCACGAACUGAAUCCAACGCAACGACGGAUCCCAUCCCAACCAGCGAAGCCUCUUCUUCGCUAUCAGCCGCAGUUCACGCCCCAGUUACUGGUCGAAAGUUGAACAAGGUGAUUCUCGCAACUGCAGUGAUUAAUUUAGUCGACGAUCAUGGUAAUAACCACUUGGCAAGGGCACUUCUGGACUCAGGAAGCGAGUGCAGCUUUAUCACCGAGUCAUUCUCACAGCGACUUCAGAUUCAACGCAAAAAGGUCCAUCUCUCAAUCUCCGGCAUUGGCCAAUCAUCAACGCAAGCUCGCCUGAAACUUCGAACUACAGUACGAUCUCGAAUUUCCGGAUAUUCAACUGUCGUAGACUUGCUCGUGCUGCCUAAGCUUACGCUGAAUCUUCCCUCAACAACGAUGGACAUCUCAAAAUGGAACUUUCCUGAAGAAAUCAAGCUUGCGGACCCAGCCUUCUACCAAACUCAAGCCAUCGACGUGGUCCUGGGCGCUGAAGUGUUUUUCGAUAUUUUCAAAUCAUCAGGUAGAAUCUCGCUAGGCGAAGGUUUCCCGAUGUUGGUGGAUUCGGUCUUCGGCUGGGUUGUUUCCGGGAAGGUAAUGAGGUCGACUCAUAUCAACGCCAUUUCCUGCAAUGUCGCUACUGUUGCGGAGAUUCAUCGGUUGAUGCAACGCUUUUGGAGCAUUGAGGAGGAAAACGGGGCUGCGUGUCUGUCGGCAGAAGAAGCAGAAUGCGAGAAUCACUUCCGUCGAACGGUACAGCGUUCUCCAGAUGGCCGGUACAUAGUUCGAUUACCAUUGAAGGAAGCAGCAGUCAACAUUGGCGACAACCGCAGCACGGCAUUACGGCGAUUUUACAUGAUUGAAUCUCGUCUUCAACGCAACCAGGAGCUUCGCAUUCAAUAUCGGGACUUUAUGGCCGAAUAUGAAACCUUGGGUCAUAUGCAGCAAGUGCUAGGCGAAUCGGAAUCCAACUCUUUCCGGUACUACCUACCUCAUCACCCGGUGAUCCGAGAAACCAGCUCCACUACCAAGGUCCGCGUCGUUUUCGACGCGUCGUGCAAAUCAGCAGCGGGAAAAUCUCUUAAUGACGUGCUCAUGGUCGGCGCAGUAAUCCAGGAUGACUUAAGAGCUAUCAUUCUCAGAUCCAGGCUUCAUCAGCGAAUUUUUUGGCGGAAUUCUCCAGAACAUCCUAUGCAAACAUUCGAGCUCAAAACGGUAACCUACGGCACGGCCAGCGCACCAUUUCUGGCCACCAGGGUCCUCCAGCAGCUAGCAGACGACGAAGAAUCGAACUUUCCCGAAGCAGCUAAGAUCCUCAAGAGAGAUGUUUAUGUCGACGACCUAUUCACCGGUGGAAGCUCUCCAACGACAGUAGCGGAACUGCGAACUCAGCUUGACAAGUUGUGCAGAACAGGUGGAUUUGAAUUCCGGAAGUUUGCCUCCAAUGUUGAAUCCGUUCUUGACGGCGUUUCUCCUGAAAGGCGUGCUAUCCAAUCCUCGGUCGAACUUGCAGCAGACCAGUGCAUCAAAACCCUGGGCCUACACUGGGAACCAGCAGCCGACAACUUGCGGUUCCACAUUCAACUACCAAAGCAACCUCCAGACACCCUCAUGACCAAACGAAUUGCUCUUUCGCAAAUUGCCCAGCUUUUUGAUCCCUUAGGAUUGGUUGGACCAGUCAUCGUAACCGCCAAGAUAUUCAUGCAGACACUGUGGGGCCUUACAUCUGACGAAGACAAACCUUGGGGCUGGGAUCAACCGCUGCCUGAUUCUCUCUCCAAUUAUUGGAUCAAGUAUUACUCUCAGUUGCCCCUGCUUGAGCAACUGAGAAUCCCUCGAUGUGUUGUGUUGGCUGAGCCAAGUGCCAUUGAAUUGCACCUUUUUUCGGACGCAUCGGAACAAGCUUAUGGCGCCUGUGCGUAUCUGCGAUCGACCGACGCGUCUGGUAAUAUUUUGGUAUCCUUAUUGACGGCAAAAUCGAAGGUUUCACCCUUGAAAAAGCGCAGCAUUCCUCGGCUCGAACUCUGUGGAGCACUAGAAGCGGCUCAACUUUACCAAAAGAUCAGCUCCGCCUUUGAAUCGAAAUUCACAACAUUUUUCUGGGUCGACUCAACUACAGUUCUAGCCUGGCUGAAGGCCAGCCCAUCAGUGUGGACUACAUUCGUUGCUAACCGAGUGUCCAAAAUCCAGCUGGCAACGGUGGGCACUUCUUGGAACCAUGUGGCAGGGCAGCAGAACCCAGCAGACCACAUCUCAAGAGGCAUCGACGCUGAAACUAUUCUCGCGUGUGACCUUUGGUGGAAAGGUCCACAGUGGCUGCAAACCGAACAAUCCUCCUGGCCUGUCAAACAGCACAAUCAAUCUUUCGAAACGCAGUUGGAAUCUCGAUCAACCCCGAUUCAACUUUUGACAUCAACAGCUGAUCCUUCAUUCAUUGAUUUGUUCGUCGAACGAUUCUCAUCGUUCCAACACAUGCUACGGGUAACGGCAUUCUGUUUCCGGUAUAUUUCAAACUGUCGGACUAAAAGGACGAAGCAGCAGAAGUUGUUUGGCACUCUUUCAACGUCGGAAAUUCAAAAUGCAGAGUCAGCACUCAUUCGUCUUGUUCAACAUCAGGAAUUCCCCAACGAAGCAAGUGCUCUUCGUGACUCAAAGCCCAUUCCCGUUAAAUCCCGACUCCGGUGGUUUACUCCUUUCCUAGAUCAAGACGGAGUCAUGCGUGUGGGUGGCAGACUUGAUCGAGCAUCCUUGACAUACGACAGUAGACACCAAAUCCUCCUCCCGUAUCACCAUCGUUUUUCUGCUUUACUUGUCCAAUGCUAUCAUCAAAGAAAUCUUCAUGCGUCACCACAAUUACUCAUCGGACUACUUCGCCUUCGCUAUUGGAUAAUAGGGGCCAGAAAUCUGGCCAAAGUAGUCGUACAUCGCUGCACCAUUUGCUUCCGAGCUCGGCCAAAAUUGGUUGAGCAAUUUAUGGCUGAGCUGCCCAAGGAACGAAUCACAGCCACUCGUCCCUUCACGGUGACGGGGGUUGACUAUUGGGGCCCAAUUAUGCUGAAACAUCCGCAUCGUCGAGCAGCACCCACAAAGGCAUUUGUUGCAGUUUUUAUUUGCUUCUGCACCAAGGCUGUACACAUCGAAUUAGUAUUCGAUUUGACAACAGCCAAGUUUAUACAAGCAUUGCGACGCUUUGUAUCUCGCCGAGGCCCACCGUCGGACAUCUACUCCGAUAACGGACGGAACUUUCUCGGGGCUAAAAACGAGCUCAAUCGACUCAUCCGCCAGACUGAACAUGCGCAGAAGGUUGAACAGGAGUGUGCAGAUUGCCACAUUAGAUGGCACUUCAAUCCGCCCAGAGCAUCCCACUUUGGGGGGCUGUGGGAAUCGGCCAUCAAUUCCGCCCAGAAACACUUUGUCCGCAUCGUUCGCAACCAUUCAUUCUACUUCGACGACAUGCAGACACUCUUGAACCAAAUCGAAUGCUGCCUUAACUCCCGGCCUCUUGUUCCCGUAAGCGAUGAUCCGACUGAUUUUGAGCCACUCACGCCCGGACAUUUCCUCGUUGGGACUUCAUUGAAGGCUGUUCCCGACGAAGAUCUGAGCGAAAUACCAUUCAAUCAUCUGAGGAAGUGGCAACAAGUCCAAAAAUUAUUCCAGGAUCUGUGGCGACGAUGGCACCUGGAAUACUUAACGAAAUUACAAUCACGAAGCAAAUGGGUGCACUCACCUGUAAUUAUCAAAGAAAACCAGCUGGUUCUCUUGAAGGAGGAAAACAUCCCACCAAUGCGUUGGCCGACAGCAAGAGUGAUUCAGACACAUCCUGGCGGAGACGGAAUUGUUCGAGUAGUGACUUUGCGAACACCGAAGGGCUCCUGUACAAGACCGGUGUCAAAAAUCUGCCUGCUGCCGAUUGCAUCAUCGUCGGAGGAAUCAAGUAAAACAACCGGCGAUGAACAACCAACAUCAGACAAGAUUUCCUCUUGAAGCGAGCUCGUUUCGGAUCCAUUCGAGAAAUAAUAUUUAUCCAAGGCACUUUUUUUCUUGGAUCAGGUGAGUUCCUGUCCAAUCUUCGUAUUCCCCUCAAAUUUCGCUACUGGGUCGUACAAUUGCAGCACCUUUCACUUUCCGAAGAAACCACAACACAAUCCGCACAAUAUCAACCGCACAACACCACCGUUCGAGAAGACCUUCCGGUUCCAGCUUGUAAUCUUUUAAGGCACUAUUCUCUUUGGAAUCAGGUGAGCAACUGUCCAAACAAAUAACUUUUUGUCGAAAGCGCUACUGGGUCUAAAAUUUUCAGAGGUAAACGCGACCGAAUCACUUCACAACCGACCGAGACGAGACGGAUCAAUGUAAACAAACAUUGGAAUCAUCAAUCAUCAUCAUCACCACGCUUAACAAAGUUCACUCACUCCAUGGAAAAACUUACUUCGCAGUCAUCGUCAGAAACGUUGUUUCUGAAGGGGCCAGGAUGUUCGUGCAUGCACGAAAAUGAGUAAAAGUUAGCCUCAACACCUGAAGGAUUUUUUCCGUGCAGUUAUGAAGGCAGAUGUUUAGCAGUGGGCUGUACUCGGUGAAUGCUGGCAGUUGUUCGGGAGCUAAGAAACAAAAGGAGAAACCAAACAAAAAGAGGAGUUUCCGGCAUCCCUAACUUAUAAAAGGCCGUUCGGAAAGUCAGGUGUUUCUCUUUUGGCCAUCACACUGGAGACGUCAUCAUCGAGCCGGCGAGACUGUUUAUUUACAAAGUGAAAUUGUAGUUGAAACCAAUUUUUGUUCCUGUGAAAUGAAUUUAGUGAAUUAUAGUUUAAAUAGUUAAGUAAAUGUAAAUAAAAUUAAGUUAAAUUGAAUAAACUGUCGUGGAUUAAGUGUAUAACCAACCAAUAAAAAGUGUACUUACCUGAAAGGAAGAAAUCGCCCAACCUGAACUGAACCUGAAAAAGAAGAAUCAAGAACCAUACUUACCUGUCUAAGGAAAUUGAUACUUACCUGAUCGCUGCCUGGAGAUCCGUUCUGCUGACACGUUC